AUGACGGCAACAGCUGGAGUGGCAGUACCAUUGUCUGCUGAACUACCAUUAACACUAGCAAUCAAUGAAAUGAGCCAACCGUUUACAACAACCUCGGCAAAUCCUAUGUCAGCUGUUGCAACAAAAUGUGAACCAAUUGAAUCACUGGAAACAUUCGGACGUGUUUAUGGAGACAUGCAUGGAUAUAUUACACUUGUACUAUGCCCUAUCUGUGUGCUAUCAAAUAUUUGCAUUGUCAUUAUCCUUAAUCAACGUAGCAUUGUUUCACCAACGAACUUCCUCUUGACAUCGCUGGCGAUAAGUGAUGGCCUUCUGAUGAUAUUGUACAUACCAUUUGCUAGUUACUUUCUGAUCGGCCGUCAUACUCGCAAUUCAAGUUAUAGUUGGGCUGUUUACCUACUCUUUCAUAUUAGCUUACAGAAUUUCCUACACUUAAGCUCAAGUUACAUUGUUGUUGUCAUAGCUGUGUUCCGUAUUCUCUAUGUAAGAUUCUUGGUAAAGUGUCAAAUUCUAUGCAGUAUGCAAAGAGCUAGGCUUUCUGUCACAUUGGUACUCAUCAUUAGUAGUGUAUUGUCCAUUCCAUGUGUUAUAAAUCAUCAUAUUGUACGUAAUAGUAACGAAGAUGAAGCAUAUGGUUACAUGGUUACCUAUUUAGAUAAUGAAAUGAUGUUAAAUUAUCUAUACUGGAACACAGCAAUAUUCUUAAAGCUUCUUCCUUUAAUAUGCUUAAGCGUACUCAGUUUUAUGUUAAUAUUUACCAUACGAAAACAAAAUUCACGUAUGCGUAAAUUGAAGACACAAUCAAAAGUUUCUAGACUUGCUUCUAUUGCAACACCCUGCUCAUCAACUGUAUCAACUACUAUUACAAAUUCAACACCACUGGUGCGUAUAGAAAAUCACCUAGAUAAUAUUAGUAAUAAAAAUCACAAUAUGAAUCAUGAUGGCAACACAACAACGACGAUGAAGCAUACUGAUAUGAAGAUAUCACCGUCAUCAUCAUCAAUAACGACAGCAAAGCCAAGAAUAAAUAAUGUUGUUGCACGGCGGAAACGUAAUGCCUUUGAAAAUGAACGUGAUAAAGUAGAGAAUCGAAUGACAAGAUUCUUGUUAACAAUUGUCUGUAUAUUCAUGAUCACUUUACUUCCUCAGGCCAUAUUAUUAUUCUUAAGUGGACUUGUUGGAGAUUGUUUUACUGACACAGUGUACAAUGCCCUUGGAGAUUUUAUGGAUUUAUUAACCAUUGUUAAUAAUGGUAUCAAUUUUAUAUUAUAUUGUUCCAUGUCACAUCAAUUUCGUACAACAUUCAUGCAGUUUUGUACACAAAUAUUUAGAAGUUGCAGAAUGAAUUAA